AUGAAACAUAUGUUGAAAGAUUUUUCAAAUCUAUUGUUAGUAGUGCUCUGUGACUAUGUUCUCAGCGAAGUGGAGUAUCUCCUGUUGGAGCAUCCAGAUCAUGUAGCUUUCAGCAAUGACACAGUGUCUGUGGAAUAUCAGUACUACAGUGGUGGUAAUGUGACAGCAGAGCAUGUGUCCAUCCUUUUAUUGGAUGCCAGCACCAGUGAGAUAAUUGCAAGAAAACAGCUUCCUGCAAAUCAGUCCCAGGGGACGGUGGUGUUUGAGUGCUUCCAUUUCAAGAGUGCUGGUGAUUUCUUGUUCAGAAUGGUCUCUCCCAGUGACAACAGCAGUGCUGCCCAGUGGAGCACAAACAGCAUGUCUACCCUCCAUGUGGAAUGGCCUGUAUUUCACAUUGAUUUGAACAGGAGUUCAGAGGUGCUUGGGAGCUCCCUUCAGGUUGGACUUUUUACAAAUGAGCAGUUAUGUGCCAUGAACAGGACUGUGAUUUCACUGGAUGUGAUAUUCACCAGCACCCUUUAUGAAUUCAGAAGAGUAUGCUCUGAUGAGACUCUGGGCAUUAGAACUAGCAAAGGAAUCCCCCUGUCUAGAUCCCAGUGGGUAGAGUUUGAUUGCCCACCUGUCAGUCAAGAAAUAUACAUCACUGUGUUACUGAAAUCAUUAGAAACACAUUCCAUCAUUGCCUCCAUAGGACCUGUAGAUCUCCUUCACAAAUUUGGAUACAGACUAGUUGUGGCUGCAGAAGACACAUGCAAAACUUUGGUUCAGGUCUUUGUAAUCUCUCCACCAUGCACGUCUAUCAGUGGAAAAAUUGUUGUUUAUAAAGAGGCUCUCAAGCAUCCAAGUCAAAGAACAACUUGGCUCUAUGAAAACAUCCUUCAUCCUGGAGACAACAGGACAGAAUUUAACUGCACUUUGUUUGAUGUGGGGAAGAACAAAUACUGCUUUGACCUCCUCAUCUUCUCAAACCGAAGCUAUUUUCCAGCAAGAGUUAAGGAGUGUAUACUGAUCCAAAGGAAUAUGGAAACGUGGAGCCGGUGGCAGCCCUGGAGCCCAUGCAGCGUCACCUGUGGGGACGGAGUCCGGGAGCGCUUCCGAGAAUGCCUCAGCUCCUCACCGGCAAAACCAGGCUGCGCUGGAUCGCCGAGGGAGACUUCCCUAUGCUCGCUGGAGGAGUGUGUGUCUGUCCAGCCUCCCACCCCACCUUCUGUUCAGCCAGGAGAGGACCAGAAAGCAAAUAAUAUAGUUACCAUCACAGGUAUCUCGCUGUGCUUGUUCAUCAUCUUUGCCACUGUUCUUAUCACCCUCUGGAGGAAGCUCUGCAGAGCUCAGAAGUGCAGCACCGCUGUCCGACGAAACUCCGUCCAUUCCCCCGGCUUCCGGAAGAACUCAGAUGAGGAGAACAUUUGCCAAGGCAACAAGCAACGGGACAGCUUUGCUGAAGGAGGGGAUGCUCCUGUUAACAUUCCCCUAACCUACAGGCGAAGCCUCCAAUUUGCCCAAGAAGAUGAUGCCUCUGGAAGUGAAAACUUUCAGCCAAAUGCCCAAAAAAUAAUCCCUCCAAUUUUCAGCUACCGCCUGGCACAGCAGCAGCUGAAAGAGAUGAAGAAGAAAGGCCUGACAGAGACCACUAAGGUGUACCAUGUCUCUCAGAAUCCUCUCACGGACACGGUUCUUGGUGCCACCACCAUGCUUCCCCUGAGCGGGGAAAACCAAGAGGAGGCAGCGGCAAACAAAUUUCGGAUCAAAUCUCCAUUCCUGGACCAGCCAGCCAGUCAGCCCAAGUUCCUGGGAGAAGGUUCUCACCCUAGGCUGGAUUUUCCGUUCUCACAGGCCAAUCCUGCAAUGAGCCCUACCCAAACCUUGGUAAGAAGAGGUCAUUUCAAGCACCAGGAUAACAGAGUGGACUUGCCUGAGAGAGGCUGUCACAGAAACUCGCAGUUCAGAAGAACAGCCAGUUUCCAUGAAACUAAAAAGGCCAGGCCUUUCAGAGAGAGAAGCAUGUCCACUCUCACACCCCGACAGACUCCUCUCUACAACUCCAGGACCAGGACAUGGGACCAUGGUCUGGAGGACAGGACACGGCCAAAAUCAAGAAACGCUAAUCCAGCUUCUGAAAAGCUGGAUCAGCCCCACAGCACUGUGCUGGGGUGUGAACCACAGGGCCAUGGCACAAAGCCCCACAACAGGGCAGGUCCCCCAGUGAGGAAGCUGGACCUGAUCACGGAUCGCCAGCCUGCUGGUCAGGAGAGGGCAGCUGAGAAGCCUGAGCCCAGCCGAAGUAAGAGGGGCCCUUCACCUAACCCCAAAGGUGUGUGGCGGAAAGAAACCGGCCCAAAUGGCAAAGAUAAUUCCCAGAGAGGCCAAAGCGUCAGCCCUUCCCAGUAUCGAAGGGACAAGUGCCAGAGCUUCCCCCUGGACCCUGAGUUUGCCUUUUAUGACAAUUCUACUUUUGGCUUAACGGAGGCGGAGCAGCAGAUGAUCGACCUCCCUGGGUAUUUUGGCUCAAAUGAAGAAGAUGAAACAAGCACUCUGAGCAUUGAGAAGCUGGUGAUCUGA